AUGAAGGGCGUCAUUACCAUCCUCACCACGGCCAUCGCCACGACAGCCCUGGCCUUUCCUCAUCGAUGGGUAAGAGACAACAACAGCACUAACACAGACACCAUCCGCAUGCCAGCUCCUAUCCUCGUGCCAACAACCACCACCAAACUCCUCCCACCAGACACAACCCUCGUCCCGACUCUCAGCACUAAACUCUUUCUACCAUCUGUGUCCGCCGCGACGGCCCAGAUCGAUUCCACGAACAAGAUCCUCGUCACGCUCACGCAGGCCCCGAGCGCGAGCGCGAGCGCGAGCUCGGAGCCAAACUCGAACUCGAGCCCGAACCAGACUGCCGCGAGCAAGAGUGACCCGGAGAAUAAAGAUGGGAAGAAGGUUCAUAUCGUUGGCUCGGUAAGUGAAACUUAUAUUUGA